AUGCAAUCUGCUCAAGAAUAUCGAGAACUUCAAGUAAAAAUAGAUGUUCUUACAGCGGAAACAAUCGGUGAAACCUUCGAAUGGAUAAGAAAAUCAUCAAUUUACCAGAAAAAAGAUGGUGCCUAUGAGAUUUUGUCACUUCUCUUGCAAUAUUCCUAUAUCAGACCAUUAAAUCUCAACAACAUCACAAUUCUCGGCAAAUUUAUACUACAACCAUUUAGUAAUGAACAAAGAUUAGAUAUGCUUAUUCGAAAUUUACGUUCAAACUCUUCACCAUUUGGAGGGCGAUCUUCUGAAAACGUCAUAUUCUUCAUCAACAUUGUAGAUCUCCUCGAAAUACCGAAAACACUCGUAAUUGACAACUUAAUCGACUCAUUCACAGAAGGACUCUUUGACAGCGAUGACAACUUCGCCCUCUUCGUUUUCUUAGGUCCAGACCUCGAAAAAUACAAUUCAAACUUAUUUAAGACAAUAUUAAAGCAAUAUCAAGAAUCUCUUCCAAAAUGGGUUUCAAACUUCAGCAGAGUCAAAUCAAACGACUGGGCUCUCAUGAAGCAGUACAGAGAAGAGUUCGGAAUCCGUGGCGGAGUUAAUUAUUCGAUCAGAGCUGACGAUCUCAGCGCUUUACGUCUUGGUUUGAUCAAUCCUAACUUCAGACUAGACUCACAACUAUCUUUUACCAUAUACGAACCUACAGUUCAGAUCUCUUCCCUUCCAACAAUCUUUGAUUACGCUCUUUUCUGCGGAUCUCCACAAAUCAUCGAUUUCUUCCUCACUACAAUUGUUCCUAAGCACCAGGAGAUGCUCAAUGAACCAACACACGCUCAAUACGCUGUCGCAGGAGGAAAAAUCGAAGUUGUCAAAAAAUUGAAAGAAAACAAAUUCAAUUUCGAUGGUUCUCUUAUUGUUUCCGUCAUGUUCCAUCAGAGGGAAAUCUUCGACUGGCUUUUACAAAACACUAAUGAAGACAAGACCAAGAUUUCUCCAAUUUUCGGUUCAAUUCUCCAUGCUGCUUUGAAAUUUGACAAUUUUGACACGUCACUUUUCUAUGUAAACGAGAAUUUACUAUUAACCUCAUCAGACAAGAAGAACCGUACUCCAUUACAUGUUGCUGUAUCCACAGGCAUCCUUGCCAACGUUGACAUGAUACUUUCCAAAGGUGAUGUUGAUGUAAAUGCUGUUGACAAAGAUGGAAUGAGUCCUCUGAUGCUUGCCGUCGAAAACAACAACGAAGAAAUAACAAAGAGACUCCUACAAAUAGAAAAACUUGAUAUAGAAACCGUUGACGAUAUCGGUUUGACAGCUAUCGGCCAUGCAGCAUGUAACGGAUACACAGGAAUUUUGAAGUUACUUCUUGAGAGAAAAGACAUCGAUGUCAACAGAAUAGAUGAAGAAGGAAUGACACCGAUAAUGAGUGCUUUCGAAUCUGAAGAAUAUGAAACAUGCGUAAUUCUUGCAAAAGAUAAAAGAACAAAUUUGGACGUUCAAAAUUACAACGGUUUGACAAUGUUGCAUUUGUCAGCUGGCGGAUUAAGUUUUGAAUUGUUUAAAGCGGUUUUAGAGAGAAGUGACGUGAACUCAAAAGAUAACGAAGGACGCAAGAUUAUACACAUCGUUUCUACCCAACAAGACUUGAAUUUCAUUAAUUUGGCAAUUGAAAAAGGUGCUGAUUACAAAGAAAAAGAUGAUAAUGGAAUGUCACCUUUACAUCACGCCUGUAGAAGUGGAAAUGUUGCUGUUACAGAGUUAUUAGUCCAGAAAAAUGAUGUUGAUGUAAACGAUACCGAUAAUAACGGUUUGACACCUUUACAUUAUGCUGUCAAUUCUAACAAUGCCAAAAAUGUUUGUAAAGUUCUUUUUGACAGUGGCAGAUUGAAUCCAAACCUUGCUAGCAAAGGAAAUGAGAGACCAAUUAUGAUAUCUGUUAGAAAAUGCGACUUCGAAACAGUCCAAUUAUUCUUAGAACACGAUGGAAUAAAUGUCGAAGGACUUUUGAAGAUGAUUAACAAUGGAAAACAGAAUAGACCACUUAGAGAUUUGGUUAGAAAGUAUCAGGAUAAGCAAAAGCAACAGUAA